AUGGGAUUUCAAUUAAUCCACUUCAAAGAGGAUAAGUUGGUGAGCUCCACCCUGGUUUCAGAUGCCAUGGUCAUGGACGAAAAGGCCAAGGAAAGCUUUGUGCUGGACACAGCUUCUGCCAUCUGCGAGCACAACACCCACGAGAAGGACGACCCCAAAUUCUGGUACCGAGGCUAUUUCUGGGACUUCUGCACCAUCACUGCUUUCACACCCAACAGUCCUGACCACGUGGCCCUGAAGGACACAGGAAGCCAGCGCACCAUCACUGUGUCCUGCCCGAAGGAGGAUACGGGCUGGCACUGGUGUGGCAUCCUGUGGGGCUUUGCCAGGGACCACAUAGAUUUUACAGAGCUGGUAGCAACUGACAACAGAAGAUGUCUCGCCAGUGAUUUUUGGUCUGGGAAAGAGACCAUCCAGUCCAAACCCUGGAUGCUCCUGCUCUGGAUCCACGUUCCUUUCUGA